GGCAAAAUAAUUAAAAUGAAUUUCUUUCUUAGAUUUCUACUGAUGUUAACCCGCGUUUACAGAGCUGGAUCUUCGGAAACCUCUUUACCUACAGCUACAUUCCAAAUGGUAGACGAAAUUAAGACUGGUGAAAAUAUCGGGAAUAUUUGCAAUAGUCUUUGGCCAAAUUCCAAUAGGGUCUUCUCCUUAAUUGUGGUUACCUACUCCCGAUUUCAGCGAUUUAAUGAAUACUUCUCAAUUUUCAAGAAUGGUACUAUAAUUGCACAGAAACAUGUUGAUCGUGAUAAUGUGAACGAUAUUUGUGGUCCUCUCGAUUGUUGUCAGUCGCCAGUUUGCACAAUACAGGCAAAGGUCAUGUUCAUUGUUGAACAGAGCGACAGUGGCACUAUUAGAGCUCAUGAUCAAAUGAUGGCUCACCUCCAAAUCCACCUGACAGAUAUCAAUGACAAUCCACCAAAGUUUCCCCUUAAUUCUCUGGGAUUUCCUCUUUUUACUAUUCGUAUCCAAGAAGGAGCCAAAUUCGCGCGUGAAAUGCUACCUUCGGCGAUUGAUCUAGACAGUGUCGGAAACGGAGUGGUGCAAUAUCGAAUCGAAGCGAAUUCGCCAUCAGCUGAUUUGUUCCAGCUCACUUAUGAGAAGGUCCUAAUUAACUCACUGAAUGAAUCCCAUGGCUGGAGACUGUCACCCCCUACAUUAUUACAACUUCGGGAGUUGGAUUAUGAGAAUCCUGCUGAUAGACAAUUCGAACUUGUGGUCCUAGCGAUAGACGGUGGAGAACCAUCACAUACUGGAUCUCUUUCUGUAACUGUGAUUCUUAUGGACGUUAAUGAUAAUACCCCACAAUUUGAGAAAACCACCAUCACCACAAUUGAAUUGGCUGAGAACACGACGUACUCCCCAGAUCCAAUCUACAAGUUUGCCGCAAGCGAUGCAGAUUCUGGAGAAAACGGGCUCAUCACUUACUCAUUGAGUCCUCUGAACGACCCAAAAGUGUUUGAGAACUUCUCAAUUGAUCGAAGGCUUGGAGCAUUGCAUUUGAACACUUUGUUGGAUUAUGAGGUGUACAGUGAAAGAUCAUUCUCUGUGAUUGUAGUCGCCUCUGACAACGGAACACCAAAAAGAUCAGGCACAACUACCCUCACAAUUGUCACUAAAGACAUAAAUGACAAUCUUCCAAGUUUGGUUGUUCAAGAGAACAUUACAGUCAUAGAAGGACUCAACUACACAAAACCUGUUGUCAGAUUUUACGUUAAAGAUGAUGACUCUGUGUCAAGGGGAAAGGUAUUCUGUAGACCUGCUCCCACCACACCAAUGCGAAUAGGGCUCCCAUCUCUUCGUUUGCAAGAGGUCACCACAAAUGCCUACUUCGUCUUCGCAGAAGGCAUCUUCGACUACGAAGAGACUCAUUAUGCCAGUGUUGGGAUAAUUUGCACCGACCGCACCGAUCCUACCAACGCCCCUGACCAACUUCUUCAUAUUACUGUUGCUGUUGGCGACAGCAAUGAUCACUACCCGGAGUUUGCGGUUGCAGAAUUCCAUGCAAAGUUGCUGGAGCAUUCGCCAGUAGGAACCAGAGUUAUUCAAGUAGUUGCAACUGAUGCUGAUGAAGGAAUUCAUGCCAAACUCACUUACUCACUUGUGAGCAGUGCAACUGGACGUUGCAGUAUUUCAGAAACUCUCCAGAUCGAUAGCUUAACUGGUGUAGUUUCAGUCAAGAACAGUGAAUGCUUGGACAGAGAAGUCAACGACGAGAUUGAAGCUUUUAUCGCAGCUAAGGAUGGUGGUGGACUAUCAACUUCCGUCAAGCUUCGAGUUCGCCUGAUGGAUAUAAAUGACAACGAUCCCAUCAUCCAGAUUUCAGAAUCUCUUGGAGUUUCAGAAAACUUUCCCCCUGGCGUCGUUGUUGGAAAAAUUCGAUGUUCAGAUCUCGAUUCUGGAUCUAAUGCCAAAAUUCUACUCGAACUGUCAGAGAACAACACACUGCAAGUUAGAAGCGCAUUUGAUAUCAUUCCGGAAGGGGAAAAUCUGGGGAAUCUCUUCGCAUCUCGUGCUAAUGUGAGAGGAAUGAGUGAUGUCACCGGUCUUCUAAUAACCAAACGAACCCUCGACAGAGAAGAUGUUGAAACAUAUAACAUUAAUCUAGUUGCUAGAGACUUGGGCGAGCCCCAACGAGUAACUCGCAAAACAGUACAAGUUAUUGUUCUCGAUGAAAAUGAUAAUUCACCCACUUUGCGUUUUCCUCAACCAAAUACUACAGUUGGGUAUCACCCCCAAGUGUAUGCAAACUCUCCUCAUGGGUCAAAAGUCUGUGUUCUCAGAUCUCAUGAUCCAGAUAGAGGUGAAAAUGGGACGGUUAUUUACGCCUUGCAGCAGGAUACCAACGGAUCCAGGUUUUUCCAGCUUGAACAAUCAACAGGAAAACUGACCACAGCUUGGUACAACAAGGGGCCUCCUUCAGGUGUGUAUGCAGUUCGAGUUCUUCUCUAUGAUAUGGGCCGAACUCCUACAAAAGUUUCUUGGGUUUUCUACGUCUAUAUUAGUCCACGAAAUCCCCUCUUGGACACGGUUCAGAAUACGAAGUCCACACCUCUAGGACAAACUGGAAAUGGUACAACUUUGGACAAGGUUACUAGCGGAUUGACGCACAUCACGACGAUAAUGAUAUCUGUUGCUGUUUUUAUUGUCCUGGUUCUUCUCAUUACUUGCAUAUGCAUGAUAAAAGUUCUUCUUCGUUCACGACCUAAAAAUAUUCCACACAAUGGAACUCAAAAUUUUGCAGAAGGAAUGAUAAAAGAACCGUCAGCUUCUUUCUACUCUCCUCCACCUUUGAGUAUGGUAUACACUCAAUCGGCCCCACUAAUGGAGAACGUGUUGGCAACAGAUGGACUUAAAUAUGGAUACACAAGUCCAGAUCACUCCAACUGGUGCAUGAAGCCAUAUGCACAGGAGGAGAUAAUAAACCAAAUGCCGCAGGAUAUACCUUCACUUGACAGUUCCGGUGGAAGCGGUUUCAUUUUCUCAACAGCUCAAUCGCAUCAGCAACAAAUUCCACCAGGAUGCAAUACAUUUCCUCAUAAUAGCAGUGGUGGAGCAUAUUCCUCAUUUUUUCAAAAUUACCCUCUCUCUUAA